GUGGUCAGGAGAACUAGCAUAUGAGUGAGUUUUUUUUCACACAAUUCAUUCAUACAGUUUGCGCCGCCACUCGCCAACCGUUCUAGUGAGCGGUCGCUAUGGUGCCCAAUGGUGAAAAUUUCAACACGAAGCUAUGAGAAACUUAAAGGACUACAGUUGAAAUAAUUCGGUGGUGGCUCUCAAAGUGAAAAGUUAAAAAAUUGGAUUAUUGAAAGAAAAAAAAAUAGUGAAUUGUGAAAAAAUAGAAAUUUCCAAAAAGCUAAUCAUGAGUCUAUUACCCAAACGCAGAUCUCGUAGUGAAACACGAGAUUGUGCUGCAAUGAAUAAUGAAAAUAAUGCAAUUCCCAUAAAUAAUGGGGCCUUGCUUUGGGGAAAAGUUCGUCAAAGUAGACAAUUGGAUAAAACCCUUUUCAUCGGAAGUAUGGGUAAACGUCGUACAUCGGCCGAAAUGAUAAGUGAGGCUAAAACAUUUUUAAGUGGUGGAGGAGGAGGAGGAGUUGGCGACGUUGCUGGUUCCAUGAAUAAUUUGAAUUUCCAAAAACAUCAAUCCCAACAAUUUCAGGCCGCAAAUGUGGUCGGUGGGGUACGAAUGGUGAGCACACGACGUCCGGUUACACCCCGUGAAACGGGUCGAGUAUUAUAUGGUAAGGUGGCCAUGGCUGGCCGGCCACCCAGCUCAUUUUCGUUGCGUUAUUUGCGAAACGGUGAAACGGCUGGUGUUGGUGCAGCAGCGCCUCGAACACCAAACUUAGAACCCAUACAAACAACAGAAGAAGAAUUACAGCAACAACAACAACAAAACGUAAAUGAAGACCGGGGAGGAGAUAACAACAAUGUUGGUGUCGUUGUUGAUAAACAAAUAGUGGGUAAAACUAAAGCCAUUGAUGCCGAACUGACACGACGUUCUAGGUCCUUUGAAUUGCACCACAACAAUGACAGCUUUGACAGUGGUAGUGGUAGUAUUACAAAUACCCCAACCAAUGCAACAAUGGUUAAUGCCAACAAUAAGCCAUUGCCUCGUAAAUUACCGGCAUUAGAAGUCAAAGGCAAUUCAUUAAAGAAAGACAACUCCCCCAUACGACCACCGAAACAAUUAAGAGCCAAAACGGCUUAUUCCGUUGAUUCAUCAUCGAAAGGCAUUGAAAGUUCCGUUGCUGUCAUUGAUGCAAAUGGUGCCACCAAUCGUGCCUUGACACUUUUGGAAACUCGAAAAAUUCUCACCCGUUCCAAUGACUUGCUGGGCCAGUCUUCAACGGAAAAAUUGAUAGAUAUGCUGAAGGAGCAUGCCGGCUUGAAAGAGUGCACCGAUGAGACGGUUAAUCACAUUAAUUCGAUUUUGACAGAACUAUACAAUCGUGUGCACAAACAUGAAGACAACUUCAAAAAAGGUUUCAUAUUGGGUGGCCUGUAUGGUUUGGUUGAAUGUACAGCACCCAAGAUAUUGUUGUCUGUGGCAAGAGUAGUGUUGGCGUUGCGUGUCUCCGGCAGCAAUUUAACGGGAGCCUGUAAACUCAUUUUCAAAGUGGCUCGCAACGAACAAAAUGAUCAUUUGUUCCAUGAAAACGAUAUCUUGGAGUUAUUGAUUGAUGGCCUGGGUCGCGCCAGCCCCUUGGAUGAUCCCGAAGCAUGUAUUUAUGGUUAUGGUUCGAUACGUUUCCUAACGUGUAGCACAAAUCAAGAGCGGGCUGAAUUGACAGCCAUUAAGGAUUUAAAUCGUAAUUGGUCCGAACAGGUUGAGCUGCCAAGGAAACCAAAUACCGCACCAAAUUUGGGUGAAUAUCCCAAAGUGAGUAGUGAGAAAAGUAAAACCGAAUAUGUCCAAAAGUUAUCGAAACAAGAUGCCUUGGUAUUACGUCUAUCGCGACAUGGUGCAGUGCAAUUGAUGAUUCUGCACUUGCAAAUGUUAAAUGAGGCGGGAGCGGCCCGCAAAUUGGAGGGACCACCUUUGCAUUCGUUAUAUCAGUUGUCGGCUGCUCUGCGGGCAUUGGCUGAUGUACGCAAAAUUAUAUCAUCUUUGGAAAGUUUAGAUAUCUCACGGCCUCAUUUUGAUAAUACCAGUAUACAUUUGGAAUUGGCAUGUCCGCAUUUGAUAAAGGCCGCCGAGGUGACAAUUGGUGAAAUAGAGGUGCAGGCGAACAUUAUAAGGACAUUGAGUGUUCUUUCGGAAGACUGGGAUUGUUGCCAUGCCAUGGAAAAGUUUGCACCCCGCAUUGGCAUGUUACUGGGACCCUGUUGCACCAAUCACAAUACUACCAAUGCUGAGAAAAUGCUAAGCAUCAUAAGUCGUCUGGGUUAUAUUUUGGGAAAUAUUAUGACCAGCUAUGAUUUGGCGAGAAUUCAGUUCUUUCACAAUGACGUUGCCAUGGAAUAUUUACUCAGUGUUUUGGAAAACUAUUCCAAGGAGCCCCUGACUCUACACAACUCCCUGGGCGAUACCGUACUGGAUGUACUCAUAAAAAUGAUACGAGUUGUUGCUAAUAUGAGUGUUGAUUCUGAGGUGGGACUUGGAUUGGGAGAUACACGAUCGUUGGGUGUAAUUUUACUGGAUAUAUUGAAAACUACACAGCAAUUGAAAAGUAUUAAAAUGAAACACGAGCUACAGGAACUGUGCCAUGCCACAUUGGGUGCUUUGCACAAUUUGUGCUUCUAUCAAGAUCAAAUGGCCAGCACCACUGCAGCCACCAUGGUCCAGGAAUCCAAAGGAAGUUUACGUUCAAUCCUACCCGAUUUGGCUACGCAGUUGAGUGCUGUUUUGAAAAAUAGCCAUGAUGAAAUGUCCCAGGUUGAAGCGGCUCGCGUGCUGGGCAAUUUGACCAGAAACGAAAAGGCAAGAAAAUAUUUUUGCCGGGCUAAGGGCUUAAAAUUGGUGAUCAAAAUACUUGGUAAUCCCAAGACCAAGGAAAUCCACGAUCUUCAGGCCUGUACCAUUGGUAUUUUGGUUAAUCUUUUGGGUGACAUUGAAAAUCGUAUGCCAUUCAUACAACUUAAGGGCCCCCAGGUUCUAUUUGAUUUGCUAAACGAUGCUCUGAAACAACGUGAGGAUUGGUUUAUGAGCACCAUAAUAUGUCAGGCCUAUUGGAAUUUGUUCAUCGACAGCAUUCACUUGGAGGAGAUGUGUGAUGACAACACAAUAGAGGAUUUAAUUGAUUUAUUAUCCGAAUACUUGGAUGAUGAUAAACUCUUGCAUAUGGAUGAAAUGCUGAAUCAACAUCAGAUAUGGGAAGAUUUUACCAUGGUCUCAACAUAUUUACUCGAUCAUCUGCAAUCGCACUAUCAACAACAAAGUGAGGGUAUUAAUUCCAUGGAGGCCAGUGAUAUGGAUGAAAAUGAUGAAGAUGAUGUCUACAUUGAGGGUAUUUAAGAGAAUGCUUGGCCUUAAGAAUUAAGUUAAAAACAAAUUGAGAAAAAGAAAAGGUUAUGACAAAAUUAUUAAAUGUUGAUGCCGUGGCAAAACAAAAAGCAAAAAAAAACCAACAUUUCUAUUGUUUUCAUUUCGUUUUACAUUGAUUUUUUUUACCUCUACCCAUGCCAAUGAUGUCAACGCCAUUAAUAGGAGAAACGGAAACCUAUAUUGUCGUUUGUUUUGGUAUUUAUAGUUAAUAAUAGCUGUUGGUUAUUAAAAUCGAUAGACGAUCAAAUGAACAGACACCGAAAAAGUCAUAACAAUUAUUAAAACUUGUUC